AUGCAGAGUGCCUGCCGCUGCCCGCCGCGCCUGCCGCGGCGCAAAUCGUCAGCCGUCCCAGCUUUCCUGUCAUCUGGGGCGCCGGUUGCAGCAGCGCCAGGUCCAGAGGCGGGCUCAACGGUGGCAGCGCAGUGCGGGCUGCCACACUGGCUCACGAGGACGCUCGAGACGGGUGCGGCCGUCAUCGUGAUCGUGUCCCUCGUGGCCAUGGCGUUCGCGCUAGGGUACGUCGCCUGGAAG